AUGGAAUUAAACAAUAGAUUUUUAACAAGUUUUUAGCAUUAUUAACCAAAAGAAAAAUAUCGUUUUACAAUAUCUCUUCGUAAACUUACAGAGGGUUAUGAAAAAAAUGAUGAUAAUAGUGUAUAAAGAAUAAAUAAGUAAAGAAAUGACUAUAUUUAAAAUUGUAGAGAAAAAAAUGAAGAAGAUCCUUUGUAAGAAAUAAAAUUAAGACAAAUGGAUUUAAUGUAUCGAUUAUAUUUUACUGAAGACACGAAAUUAAGAAAAUUUAUGUAAGAUAUAAAAGCUGCAGUAAAAAAAAUUGGAAUAGAAAUUGUAAGAUAAGAUGAUCACAACGACUAGUAACAUAAUUUGAGAUGUUUUGGAUAUUAUUAAGGAAUAUACAAAAUAUUUAAAUAAUCUUGGACGAAUAGUGACGAAUGUUAUAUAAACUUUAUACAUAUUAUGAGAAAAGAUUAUGGCGACAAAUAUAAAAUGGAAGAAGAUUAUGAUUUAUAUUAAUAAUUAAUAGGCCUUUUAUUAACUGUAGAUAAAAAGCAGGAAUAAAUAAUGAAGACAGGAAUAUUAGAUGAAAGGGAUGAAAGUAAAUAAAAUGUUAUUAAUGAAUAUAAAAUGGAAUCAUAUCAAGAUAGUUUUUUAUCAGGAUAUUAAAAUAAUAUAUUAGAUUUUAGAUUUGGGUAUGAUAUUAGAGAUGAUUAAAGAGAUGAUGAAUAUAUUAUUAUUAGAUAAAAAUAAAAGUUUAAUUAUGUAAAGGAAUUUUUUGAAAGAUAUGAAGACGUCCUUAAACAGAAAUCGAGCGAUUUUUGGUAAUUUUUACUUUUUGAUGUCCUUAAAGCUUUGUGUGAUAAAAAAAAUUCUGAUGAGUAACUUUAAGAAAUUUUAAUGGGAUAUUUAGGUGAUUUUGAAGCUUGUAAAUUCUUGCUAUAAAAUAGAAAAGAAAUUAUUAUGUAUUUAUAUAAUAAUCAUUUUAGUACUGAUAAAUAAGUUACAUCUGGAAGCAGACUUUAAAAUGAUAAUAAAUCAAAAGGAUUAACUAAUUAUGAAAUUUUAAUUUCUAUUGUAUAUUUAAAAUAUCUAUAUUUUUAUUAUAAAUAAAAUUAAUUUUUAUAGGGAAUUAAAGAUGUUGAUAUAGAAUAAGAAAGCAGAUUAGGAUUGAAAAAAAGAGAUAUUGAUCAGAAAGUAAAAUAAGCAAAAGAAAGAAAUUAAUAUGAUGUAGAUGAAGAAUUUACAGAAAUAGAUUUUAUUAAUCAAGAUUAAAAUUAAUUAGUUUUAAAAAUACCCACUUUAGAAAAAACUGAUUACCCUGAUUAUAUUUAAUUCAAAAUUUCUCCUAUGCCAAGAGGAUUAGCACCUUCAGGAGAAUUAAUUUAAAUUUAAAAUGCUUUACCUUAGUGGGCAGAGCAAGCAUUUGAAGGAAUAAAUUCAUUAAACCUAGUUUAAUCAAAAGUUCAUCCUACAGCAUUUAAAACAGAUGAAAAUAUUCUUGUAUGCGCCCCUACAGGAGCAGGUAAAACGAAUAUAGCUUUAUUGACAAUAUUAAGAGAAAUUGAAAGGCAUGUGAACCCUUCAACUAAAAAAGUAAUAGACUUUGCAUUUAAAAUAAUAUAUAUUUCGCCAAUGAAAGCUUUAGCGGCAGAAAUAGUAGAUAAGUUUUAAGGGAGAUUGAGUUAUUUAGGAAUAAAAUGCCGAGAAUUAACAGGUGAUAUGUAGAUGUCAAAAAAAGAAAUUGAAGAAACACAAAUCAUUAUUACUACUCCUGAAAAAUGGGAUGUCUUUACUCGUAAAAAAAAUGAAGUUGCGGAAACUUUAAAGCUUCUAAUUAUUGAUGAAAUUCAUCUUUUAAAUGACGAAAGAGGCCCCGUUUUGGAAUGUUUGGUGUCCAGAACUCUUUAGAAUAUAGAAAGAUAGUAAAAAACAGUCAGAAUGUUAGGACUUUCUGCUACUUUACCAAAUUAUUUAGAUGUAGCAUCAUUCUUGCAUGUUAAAAAGGAAUCCGUUUUCUUCUUUGACGCUUCUUAUAGACCAGUUCCUUUAAUGUAGAGAUAUAUAGGAGUAAGAGAACCUAAAUAGACUUCGUUCAAAAUUCGCAGAAAAAAAAUUGAUAUAUAUAACGAAUUAACUUAUACCAUAUCUAAAGGAGUGCUUGAACAUAAAAAACAGGUUCUUAUUUUUGUCCAUUCAAGAAAAGAAACUAUCGUAACAGGAUAAUAUUUACUUAAAAUGGCUUAAGAUAGGAACGAAUUGCACCUAAUGAAGUCUCUAGAAAAAGAUAAACAUACACUUCCAAAAAUCUAAGAUAAGGAAUUGACUAAAUUGGCACCUUAUGGUAUAGGAUUUCAUCAUGCUGGUAUGUUGAGAAAAGAUAGAAAUUUGGUCGAGAAGAUGUUUUUGGAUGGAAAUCUUAGAAUUUUGUGUGCUACUGCUACUUUAGCUUGGGGUGUGAAUCUACCAGCUUAUUCUGUUAUUAUUAAAGGGACUGAUGUUAUUGACCCAAGUAGGGGUGGUACUUAGGAUUUAUCAGUUUUGGAUAUAUAAUAAAUGUUCGGAAGAGCAGGAAGACCUUAGUUUGAUUAGAAUGGAGAGGUCACUUUAAUUACUGAUGUUAAUAAAUUAAAUUAAUUUGUUGGAUAAUUAAAUAAUGCCUCUUAUAUUGAAAGCAGAUUCACUCGUCAUUUAAAAGAAGCUCUAAAUGCUGAAAUCGCUUUAGGAAACAUCACUACUUUAAAAGAAGCAUUUGAUUGGGUGAAUUAUACUUUUUAUGCGAUUAGAUUAAGAAGAAAUCCAACUGGUUACGGGUGCAAAAUAAGUGGUAAUUAUAAUAAAGAAUUAGCUAUUGAAAUGCAUAUUACAGAAACCAUAGAAAAUGCUCUUUAGGAUUUGGAUAAAUUAAGACUUAUAAGGUUAGAUAGGAAAAACAAUUAUCUAUCUUCAACAGAACUGGGAAGAAUUACUUCACAUUAUUAUAUUAAUUCGGAAACUAUGAAUACUUUUUGUAAAUGCUUUGGUAUUAAUAUGGACGUUGUCGAUGAUUACGAUGAAGUUGUGAAGAAAAAAACUGAGUAUAAAAAUGAUUUAGAUAUUCUGAAAAUUAUAGCUUAAGCAAAAGAGUUCGAGAAUAUAAAAAUGAGACCUGAAGAGGCCUAAGAAUUAUCAAAAGUAGUCAAUAUUUGUUGGAUUUUUGAUGAAAAGUUAGAACUUUCUAACAAAAGAAUAGCUUCUACAGAUAAUAAUGUAGAUAAUUAAACCCCUUUAUUAAUUGAUACACCUGAAAAAAUCCUGAUUUUAAUUUCAGGAUAUUUAUGUAAAUAUCCAUAUGAAAACUUUUCUCUAAUUUCAGACUCAUAGUUCAUUAUUUAGAACUCUAUAAGACUUUUAAGAUGCAUGCUAGAUAUCGUAAUUAAAAAAUCUAUGGCUUAAAAUGCUUAAUUAGUCCAAAAAUGGUGCCGAUAUAUAGAACAGAGAAUAGUUCCAGAUGAUACGCCUUUGCGUUAGUUCACAAAGGCUUCUUGGUAAGGGUAUAAUACGUUUAAAUAAAGAAAAGAAAAUCGAGAAGGGUUUCUUAGUGAAGAUGUAGUAACUAGAAUAGAAGACAAGGGUUUUACAUUAGAUUAAUUAAGAGAUAUUAAUGUAAAUGAACUUUCUUAUGCAAUAAAUUGGAAUUCUAAGGUGGCUUCUAUAAUAAAAAAAUUUGUUUCUUAUAUUCCUAGAGUUUAAGUUAAUUAUAAUGUAAGACCAAUUGCUUAGACUGUUUUAAAAGUCGACGUUUAGGUUAUGCCAGAUUGGACUUUUACACCAAGAUGGCAUAAUAAAACAGAGCUUUUUAAUUUAAUAGUGGAUGAUGAAAAUGAGAUUUUGCAUAAUGAAACUUUAACUAUUAGCUAGUAGUAAGUGUUUUCGAAAACUGCAACUGAACUUAGCUUUUUUGUGCCUUUUAGGGACUCUAAUGCUAGACAUUAUAGACUUUCUAUUGUACAUGACACUUGGAUUGCUGAUCCGGAGACGGAAAUUUAAAUUAAUUUAGAUAAUAUUUAUUUCUAAGGAGAAAAAAUGGAGUAUACAGAACUUUUAGAUAUUCAUCCUUUACCAACUUCGGCUCUUAAUAAUCCGGAAUUUGAGAACAUUUAUAAAUUUAAGUAUUUUAAUCCAAAUUAAACUUAAGUAUUUCAUGCAGUUUAUAAUACUGAUAAUAAUGUACUUAUUGGUUCACCUACUGGUUCUGGUAAAACUAUUAUGGCUGAAUUUUCUAUUUUGAGAGUUUUUAAUAAAUACCCAGGAAAGUUAGUUGUUUAUAUUGCUCCUUUGAAAGCCAUAGCAAAAGAAAGACUAAAUGACUGGGAAGUUAGAUUUGGGUAAAAAUUAGGAAAGAAAGUCCAUGAAUUAACUGGGGAUUUUACUCCAGAUUUAGAAUCUUUAUUGAAAGCAGAUGUUGUUGUUACUACUCCUGAAAAAUGGGAUGGUAUUUCUAGAAGUUGGAGCAACCGUGAAUAUGUAAAAAAUACUGCUUUAGUAAUUUUUGAUGAAAUUCAUUUAUUAGGACAAGAUAGAGGUCCUGUUUUGGAAGUUAUUGUUUCCAGAAUGAACUUAGUUUCGAGUAGAACUUAGCAUAAAAUUAGAAUGGUCGGUCUUUCUACAGCUAUGGCUAAUGGCACUGAUGUUGCUGAUUGGUUUGGAGUUCCAAGAUUUUAUUUCUUUAAUUUUAGACCUCAUGUAAGGCCUGUUCCUUUAAAAAUUUAUUUUGAUGGAUUUAGUGCAAAAGCAUAUUGCCCAAGAAUGGCAGAAAUGAAUAAACCAGCAUUUUAAUCAAUAAGAAAAUACGGAGAAAAGAAACCUGUAUUAGUAUUUGUAUCAUCACGUCGUCAAACACGUUUGACUGCAUUAGAUUUGAUAGCUCACGCUAUGCAUGAAUAAUGUGGUUAAUGUCCAUUUGUAAUGUGUAGUGAAGAUGAACUUUCUGCAUAUUUAGAAUUAAUAAAAGAUGAGUUUUUAAAAUAAACUCUUGCUUUUGGUGUAGGUAUGCAUCAUGCAGGUUUGUAAUAGGAAGACAAGAAAAUUGUAGAAGAACUUUUUUUAAAUUAAAAAAUAUAAGUUUUGAUUGCUACAGCUACUUUAGCUUGGGGAGUAAAUCUUCCAGCAAGACUUGUGAUAAUAAAAGGAACGGAAUAUUUCGAUUCUAAAAGUAAGAAAUAUGUAGACAUGCCUGUAACUGAUAUCUUAUAAAUGAUUGGAAGAGCAGGAAGACCUUAAUUUGAUGAUUAGGGCAUUGCUUGCGUUUUUGUGGAAUAAAGUAAAAAGAAUUUCUAUAGAAAAUAUUUAAAUGACCCUUUUCCAAUUGAAUCGUCUUUAAUAAGUCAAAUUCAUGAUCAUUUUAAUGCCGAAAUAUCAAGCGGAACAAUUGAAACGAAACAAUAGUGUAUGGAUUGGAUCACUUGGACUUAUUUUUUCAGAAGAAUGUUAAAAAAUCCUACUUAUUAUAAUUUAGAAAAUUAAGAAACUUCUUAAGUUAAGAAAUUCUUAAUUCAAUUAGUUGACGAUUGUAUGAAUAGAUUAUAAGAAUAUAAUUGUAUUACUAUUGAUGAAGAAUAAAAAUAUUACGUAUAGCCUACCUUUUUGGGGUAACUAGCAGCAUUUUAUUACAUUAAACAUGAAUCCAUUUUUCAUUUUGAUUAAAAAAUCACAAAAGAAAGUACAAUUCCUUAACUUCUACGAAUAAUAGCCUAUUGUAAAGAAUUCGAGGAAAUUCCUUUAAGACAUAAUGAAGAAAACAUGAAUGAGGCUUUAGCAAAAUUAGCUCCAUUAGCCUGUGAUAAAAACAAUUUUACAUCUUCAAAUGAAAAAACUUUCCUUCUUUAUCAAAUGCAUAUGUUUAGACUUCCACCGCCAAUUCGAGAUUAUAUAACAGAUACAAAAAUAGUGGUCGAUAGUUCGAUUAGAAUUAUUCAUGCGUGUAUAGAUCUUUGUGCAGAAAGAAAAUAGCUAAAUACAUGUGUUAAUUUGAUGAUUAUUAUGUAAAUGUUAGUUCAAGGAGUUUGGUUUGAUAGAAGUAUGCUUAUUAAUUUCCCGUUUUUCGAUGAGGUUUUGAUAAAGAAAUUACCAUUUUAUUACUUGUGUUAAUUAUUGGAAGAAUUCCAUAAUGGAUCUUUGUAAAAUAUGUUAAAGAAAAUCGAUAAAAAAUUCAAUGAGGAAAAUGUUUGGAAAGAACUUGAAAAAAAAAUCAAUAGUAUUCCUUUAGUUAAUUUAAGGGUAAAAAUUUACCCUUUUAAUUCAGAAAAAUUAUAAAAAGAAGAUACUUAAAUAUAACAAAGUGAAAUAUAACUGGUGCAAGGAGGAGAAGCAAUUAUUUAAGUGAAUAUGGAAAGGGUUAAUUAUAAGUAACCACUUUAAGUUUAGGUUUAGCAUUGUUAAAAGAUUAAAGACGCUUCUUGGUGGCUUGUUGUGGGUGAUGAGUAUUUUGGUGAACUUCUUUCAAUGAAGAAAGUGUUCUUUAAAUAAAAUUUGUUUAAAGAGAUUUAAAUUAUUUUGCCAAAAAACUUUGAUAAAAGUAAAAAAUUGAGUGUAAUGUUAAUUUCUGAUUCAUAUUUGGGUAUAGAUUAGAUUUAAAAAAUUGAUUUGAGGGCGAAAUUGUAAUAAAAUGAUGAAAAAUAUUAAAUAAAUAGUGAUGAAGAAUCAUUAGAAACGGAUAAACCCAUUAGAUAAAGACUUUCUUCAGAUGAAGAAUAAGAAUAAUAAAAAGCUAAUUAAAAAUAUAAGAAUAAUAGUGCUAUAUUAACAUAAGGAAAUUAACUUAAAAAAAAAAAAUUAGAGGAUAAUAAUAAUUAAGAAGAUGAAGAAAAAAAAAUAUUAUAAGAUAAAUGUGAACAAGAAGAAGAAGAAAAAAAAAGUUCACCUUCUAAAAUGAAUAUUAUAACUAGAAAAAAAAAUGAUAAAAACCAAGAAAGUAAAAAUAUAAAUAAUUAAUAAUAAUAAUAAUAAUAAUAAUAAUAAUAAUAAUAAUAAUAAUAAUAAUAAAAAUAUUAAUAAUAAAAAUACUAAUAAGAAAAAAAGCCAGAAAAAAAAGGUUAUAAUAGUCAUUAUAAUUAAAGAAAUGAUAAUUAUAGAGGAAAACAUAAUUAUAAUAAAGAUAGAAAUAAUUAUAAUUCCGACGAUAAUUAGAAUGAAGAUGAAUAUGAUGUUGGAUAUAAAACUAAAGAAGGUAAUAAAAUAGAUGAAUUUAAAAGAAAUAAAGGGAAUUUACCUAUUGAUCAAGAAAAUAAUGAUGAUGAAAAUAGUGAAGAUCUUCAAAAAAAAAUUGAAUUGGAUAGUGAUUUUAGUGAUGAAGCUGAAAAUAAAAGACAGAGAAGAAGAUUUGAUAAUUAAUAAAGAAACAACGAAGGAACAGUUGGAAAUAAAUUGAUUAAGGGUAAUGCUGAUAAGGUAGGAGGAUAUAAUAAAAAUUAUUAAAAUAGAAAUAAGGAUGAUUAUAAUAGAAAGAAAAAUCAAGAUUUUAAUAAAAAUAAAGAAUAUGACAACCGAAAUUAUCAAAAUAAAAACUUCGAAAAAGAUGAUUAAUAAAGAAAUUAGGAUAACAAGAAAAAUAGCGAUAACAAAUAGAAUUCAGAUAUAAAAUCAGAUAAAAUAAAUUAAGAUAAUAUUGAUAUUAAUUAGACUGAUAAUAAAAAUGAAAAUAAUAGAUAAAAUAAUAUUAGAAAUGAUAAUAAUAGAAGUGAACAUAAUAGAAAUUAUAAUAAUAGUAAUAGAAAUUAUGAUUAAAACAAAAAUUAUGAUAAUAGAAAUAAUGAUAAUAAUCGAAAUUAUAAUAAUAAGAAUUAUGACAAUAAUCGAAAUUAUAAUAACAGAAAUUAUGAUAAUAAUAGGAAUUAUGAUAAUAAUAGGAAUUAUGAUAAUAAUCGGAAUUAUGAUAAUAAUAGGAAUUAUGAUAAUAAUAGAAAUUAUGAUAAUAAUAGGAAUUACGAUAAUAAUAGGAAUUAUGAUAAUAAUAGGAAUUAUGAUAAUAGUAGGAAUUAUAAUAGUAAUAGAUAAUAAGACAGAAAUUAAGAUAGUAGAAAUAAAGAUAGAAACUAUUACAAGAAUUUUGAUAAUGAUUACGAUAGAAAUUAUGAAAAUCAAAAAAAUAAUCCAAAUAACACAAAUUAAAAAUAUGAUUAUAAUAAAAAUAGAGAUAAUGAGUAUAAUAGAAAUAGGUAAUAAGAUAAUGACUAAAGGAGAGAUAACUAAAAAUAAGAUGAUAUGAGUUAAUAAGAUAAUAGAAAUUAAUAAAAUAACAAAAUAAUAUAAGAUAACAAAAACUAAAGAAAUCAAUAAAAUAGAAAUUAUAAUUAAAGAGAAGAAAAUAAAUAUGACGAUAGAAGUUCUGAAGACUAAAGACAAAACUAAAGAAAUUAAUUAAAAAGAUAAUAUAAAUGA